CACACACAGACACACACAGACACACACACACACAGACACACACAGACACACACAGACACACACAGACACACACACACACACACACAGACACACACAGACACACACACACAUUUCUGAGUGGAAUGAGAGCAAUCAGCUGUAGUUUUAUUUCUGUCUAAGUUUGCCCUGCAAUCAUAAGCCUCCGGGGCAAGUAUUAAUAUAGACACAAGGCAACAUGGCUACAUCCUCAUUAACCUGAGGUAAGGCUGUCACUCAUAAGGCUCAGGAUAAUAUCUUGAAAAUGACAGGAGUUAAAGGCAAAAUUUUAGAUUUAAAAUGGCUUCCGGUAAAGACUACGCUUAGAAGCUGUAAAAAAAAGUGAUAAUCGCUUGAACCAACAUAAGAGGCACAAGAAUUUUGAUCUCAGUCUGGAAACAAAUGAUCUAAUAAUCCUGCGCAUUAAGUGUAACGACUCUCUAGCUUACGGCUGACGAAACAAAAAGCACUGACUGGUCGCUGACUAAUGUUCCCAAAAGCAUCUUAAGAUCUUAGAGGGCUAGAGAAUGUAACGCUGAUCUUAACGAUGAUCUUUGUGCUUUUACGAAACUCAGCCCUGAUCCGAUGCGUCAGUCGUCAUCUUUUAAUACAAUGACAAAGCCUUUUCUCUCUUUUAUUCUCCUACGCCUCAACCUCGUCUUAAUCCUCCUACUGGCUGGCCUCAUCCCUCGCUUGCUCCCUCCCUCCCUCCCUCCCUCCCUCCCUCUAUCAACACUCUCCUCUCCUCGCAUCAGCCGAAUCCAUUUUGCAAAUGAUUGUGCACAGCUACGGGGACGGGAAUGAACCGGUGGUGCUAUUUUUAGCCCAAGCUGAAGGAGGGUGGAGGAAGCGAGCGAGUGAGAGAAAGAGAGAGAGAGAGAGAGAGAGAGAGAGAUUGAGAGUGCAGGAGAGUGCAUACGUGGGGAAGAAAGAGAAGGAGAGUGAGGAGGGGGAAAGCGUUGUUUUUCCUCGUGGAUCAGCAGUUGAGUGCUGGGCUGUGGCAAGGAGCAGUGGCAGCUGUGAAGAACCAGGAGAGAAGAGGAGGCAGAGGAGACUCUUAGAGACCCCCAGGUACCCGAGACGUUGAGGAGUUGAAAUGAAAUCUGAGAUGUAACGGGAAGAGGAGUUACCAUGGAGACUGGGCUUGCACAUUUUCCCGUAACCGAUGUCUCACUUUAUGUGCAUUGAUUAUGUGCAGUUACAGUGAAGAGCAAAGCGAGAUUAAGAAAAAUGAACGAAGAAAUUAGAUGAAUGCUUUGGUCAAAGAAGCUGUAUGUACAUCCACGAAUUGAUGCGGCCCAGGUCUAGACUGCUGGCUAAGCGAGGCCUCCCAACCAUCCGUGAGGGUUCGGAGGAGCUCGUGCAUGACCUGAACCAGACCAACAGCCAGCACAGCAGUGCACAGGACUACUUCCACUCCAUCUGCCAGCUGGCCCAGCCUACUUUCCCUUUGCACGAGCCAGACCGUGACAUCCUGUCCAUCGGCAGGCUGGACUCUCCGAAGCCAUGUUUGCGCCCGCACCGUUUGCGCCAGCUUGUGCAGCCCCUAACCCACCCCGGUGGCACCUCGACAACCCAGUCACCCAAAGUGGAGACACCAGGGCCUUCUUACUCAGAUCCAGAGCAAGCCCAAAGCUCAGAGCAGGACUGCCCAACUUCCACUGACCCCCUGGAGUACCUCUACGGCUACAGAGACGCAGAAGCUUCCUCUUCCUCCUCCAGAAGGGGCAGCAUUCCCCUUCGCAGGGCACGCAGCGUGCCCUGCCCCGGUCUUGACGUCCGGAACAAAAGCACUUGCCCUGAUCUGCGUCUACCAGAGUCUGUCCCCUCUCCUGUUGUGCCACAGCGCUCGCCGCUCAGCAGAAAGAAGCUAGAUGGCGGCAAGGUCGACGGCGCCCAUUGCGGUUCGAGGGCAAAGAGCAGCCGCAGCAUGGACAAACAAACAAUCGUGUCGCACUGGAUCUCCGAGUGCCGGAGCGCAUGGAGGGAAGCCCGUAUCCGUGCCUGCAUGCUACCCGCCAUCGCCGAGAAGUAAAGCUGCUCCGGUUUCUCGCUAGCUCUAUCUCCACUCGAUGUCGAAAAAAAAAAACAUUUAUCAAUAUCACAACUAGAGGAAUGAUGUGACUUCACGGUUUCAGGUUUAAAUGCCUAACCAUUUUUAGGUGUAAACUAAGCAAAAGUGACCCUAUAGAUGGUGACGUGUUAAUGCCACACCACAGUGUAGAGUUACGCUAAAUGUCAGUGAUUUAAACUGGUCAGUGUCAGUCCAGUCAUGUCCAGUUGUGAUCAAUAACUGUAUUGAUUGUUGGAAGACAUUAACAUUGUUUGGUGAUUUGAAAAUGGAAAAAAAAAAUAAAUAAAUCAAACGUUCAAUAUGCUUUUACUACAAUAGAAUGCUCUGUACCUACAUUUUUAGAUGCUAGAAAAUGAUCCGAUGUCAGGACAAUGCACAAAAUGAUAUCACUGUGUGUUUAUUAUAAGAUUUCUUUGCAUUAUUUUUUUAGUGUCCUGUUUGCGUAAGUCAUACCGUAUAUGGCAGCUAAGGCAAAGCAUCGACGUCGUCAGGAUCUGUGCCGACAAUGACGUCCCGAGAUAUUUCUGAGAGAUUCCAGACAUCUAAUUUAUCCUGAACCAGGGAACUAAUAUAAGAAUGCUGUUUUUGUUACCCUCCUCCUAUUCGGCCUCGUGUAUCUGAAAGAACCGUACGUACAUCGAAAAGACAAUCUGUGGGUGAAUAUAUUUAUGGUUUAUUUAUGAAGUAUUCCCAAA